UCCGCUGAUGAUCUCCAUUGAUCAGGACCGAGGAAGGCGGAUCCUCUGACGUCGCCGUCAAGCUGCUCGGCUGCGUCAGCUGAGCCAACGAAGAAGGAAACGAGGAAUAAAAGGGAGAGAGGUUCGGAAAGGCCGGGGAGAACGGACCCAGAGAGUCGGGGAGACAGACCUGUUGUCGAGCACACUGCGGACAGACAGACGGACGGACGGACAUGGAGGGCAGCACGGAGGAAGAGUACAAGGAGAAAUUAUUAUGGAACGUCAAACGAGAGGUGAAGCAGAUUAUGGAAGAGGCAGUGACUAAGAAAUUUGUCCAUGAAGACAGCAGCCACAUCAUUGCUCUGUGCACUGCCAUUGAGGCCUGCCUGGGUCAUCUGUUGAAGAGACGGGCAGCUGGGUUUCUCCGCAGCGACAAGAUCGCAGCCCUGUUCACCAAAGUUGGCAAAGUCUACGACACCGCCAGCGAAGUUUGCCGUAAAGUACAAGAGCAGCUCCAGCAGCAGUCUGAACUCACCAGGAGAACCCAGAGCGUGGGCCAUGAACCUCUGAGGAGACAGGGCUCCUCCACCACCAACCGCCCCCCUCAGCCCCUCUCUGCCCAGGCCAUCAAACACAUCUGGGUCCGCACGGCUCUCUUUGAGAAAGUUCUGGAUAAAAUAGUUCAGUACAUCGUGGACAACUCCAGUAAAUACUAUGAGAGGGAAGCUCUGAUGCAUGACUCAGUCUUCGGGCCCAUCUUGGCAGCUCUGCUAGUGGGGCCCUGUGCUCUGGAGUACACCAAGCUGAAGACGUCAGAUCAUUUCUGGACAGACCCUUCAGCCAACGAGCUGGUUCAGCGCCACCGUAUCCACGGGGCCCACCGGGGCCAAGAUGUCUCCGCCGGACGCCGGCCUGCUCUGGGGAUUCGCAAGAGGCAGUCCAGUGGCAGCAUGUCAGAGGACAGGUUUGCUGCGUCAGCGAGGGAGUAUGUGGAGUCUCUUCAUCAAAACUCCAGAACACACCUUCUCUACGGCAAAAACAACGUCCUCGUGCAACCGAAGAAGGACAUGGAGGUGUUGCGGGGUUACUUGUCGCUUCACCAGGCUGGGGAUAACCUCACCCUGAAGUGGACGCCCAAUCAGCUCAUCAACGGCACGCUGGGAGACUGUGACCUAGAGAAGAGUAUCUAUUGGGACUAUGCACUGACUGUUCCUCUGCGCCAGAUAGUCUGCAUUCACUGUCACCAGCGCCCUGAUUGUGGGGGGACGCUGGUUCUGGUCAGUCAGGAUGGGAUCCAGCGGCCGCCCCUGCACUUCCCCCCUGGUGGUCACCUCCUGGCCUUUCUCUCCUGUCUGGAAACAGGCCUACUACCACGGGGUCAACUGGAACCCCCCCUCUGGUCCCAGAAAGGCAAGGGAAAAGUGUUCCCUAAACUGAGGAAGAGGAGCAGUACAGCCAGGCUUAUUGACCAGGACAGGAGUGAUGAGGAGCAAACAGCUGCUGACUACGUGUUUCGCAUCGUCUACCCUGGAUACCGAUAUGAUGCCACAGUCACUAUAAACUACCACCACACCACGGGCAGCCGCGCUCCGUCGCUGGACGAUGACGAGGAAGAGGAAGAUAGACUCCAUGCUAUGAUCUCAAUGAUCUGCUCGCGGAACCUCACAGACCCUAAUGUCAUGAAAGACCACGGGGAGAUGAUGGAGAUGCAGGGUUUCGGAGGCAGCCCGUCGUCGUGGCAACAGGCCGAAGUAACCACUCAUGAGUCUCUGUGCCAGUCCUGCUCCAUGGCCGGUAGCAACGUGUCAUUCGACUACCCAGCUGGCUGUACCUGCAUACAUGACCCAUCCGAUAUUCACACUGUUCCUCUUAAGAUGCUCUGCCAGAACAUGAAGAGGCAGAUCGUCUCCAGAGCCUUCUAUGGAUGGCUGGCCUACUGUCGACACCUGUCCACAGUGCGGACUCACCUGUCAGCUCUGGUCAACCACAACAUCGUCCCCCCAGACAGACCCUGUGAGGCGUCUGGGGGUCUCAGCAAAGAGGUGUGGAGCAAGUACCAGAAAGACUGCAAGAACUAUAAGGAGCUGGAGCUGCUCCGGCUGGUUUAUUAUGGGGGAGUGCAGCACGAAAUCAGGAAGGAGGUGUGGCCUUUCCUGCUGGGACACUACAAGUUUGGCAUGGGCAAAAAGGACAUGAGCCAGAUUGAUGCAAAGAUCAGUGAGCGCUACCAGCAGGUGAUGCGGGAGUGGAAGGCCUGCGAGGUGAUCGUGAAGCAGAGAGAGAAGGAGAUGCAGUCGGCCAUCUUCGCCAAGCUCUCUUCAGGCAGCAGCAUCGACAGCCACGUCCUGCGACUCGUGCACAGAGACUCCACACUCAGCAAUGAGGUGUUCAUGUCUGUGGAUGAGCCAGAUGCAAGCAGCCAGGAGACCCCCAGUGGAGAGGACAGCACUCCCACCAUGACCACCGUGGCCCCCCCCGCUGCCCUCCCCCCUGAGGAGCGUCCUCUGGUAGAGUUUGACUCCCCUGACUCGGGUCUACCGUCCUCCAGAAACUACUCUGUGACCUCUGCUCACUCCCAGAUCCUGUCCAGCAUAGAUGACGGUCAGAGCACAGAGGAGGAAGGAGGGGGCACUGAGGAGGGCAGGACUCUGGGGGGACGUCAGGACUCUCUGACUGAAGACAGGCUGUGCAGUCAGCUGGACAAACUGGUGACCAAUGGAGCAGCUGCUGAGGGGACGUCUCCUUCUCUGUCCUCUUACACAAUUGAGCUGUUGGAUACAGUCGCCCUCAAUCUUCACAGAAUAGACAAAGACGUGCAGCGCUGCGACCGCAACUAUUAUUACUUUACUACAGGCAACCUGGAGAAACUACGUAACAUCAUGUGCAGCUAUGUGUGGGAGCAUUUAGAGAUGGGCUAUGUUCAGGGCAUGUGUGACCUGCUUGCUCCACUCAUGGUCAUUCUGGAUGAUGAGUGCCUGGCGUACAGCUGUUUCACUCAGCUAAUGAAGAGGAUGAGUCAGAACUUCCCUAAUGGUGGAGCCAUGGACACACACUUUGCCAACAUGAGGUCACUAAUCCAGAUUCUGGACUCGGAGCUGUUUGAGCUGAUGCAGCAGAAUGGAGACUACACUCACUUCUACUUCUGUUAUCGCUGGUUCCUGCUGGACUUUAAGAGAGAGCUCCUGUAUGAGGACGUGUUUGCGGUGUGGGAGGUGAUCUGGGUGGCGCCCAGGAUUUCCUCGCAGCACUUUGUCCUCUUCCUGGCCUUGGCACUGGUUACAGUUUACCGUGAGAUCAUCAUGGACAACAACAUGGACUUCACCGACAUAAUUAAGUUCUUUAAUGAGAUGGCUGAGCGUCAUGAUGUCCAGCACAUCUUGAAGAUAGCACGUGAGCUGGUGCACAAAGUCCAGUCUCUGAUGGACAACAAAUGACUGUAGUGGAAGAAGGAGAGAAGGAGGAGUAAGAGGAUCCAAAGGGAGAAAUUGUCCGACCCCUCUGGAAACUCCUCUCCUCCCUCAAAGACAGAGUGCUGGUCGACCUCCACCCAUCCAGAGAGGAGUCCAAGUGUCCCCCUCCCAGAUGAAGGCCGUGGGCAGCAGCACCUGGCUCUGGAGCUCCUCCCAGAUCUGUUUACAUCCACCUUUACAUGGAAUGCUCAUGGUGUCUGUUCAGACAUGUGGAUUUGUCUGCAUGCUUGUGAGUUUGAUCACACUGUGAACGCAUUCUUGAGUCUCCCUCGUCCUACAGAGUUUGUGUGCGUGCAUGAAAUCACACAUACGUACACUCCAUUUUGGCUCUAUCAAUACUCCAGUUUUCUAGAGUCGCACUUUUUUCCUUGACUCUGAAACAGAACCUGUUGGAUGCCUGUCAGGGAGACCAAAGUGGUCUCAGAGGUUGGCAGAUGUUUUCCUUGCUGCAGUGCCACCGGAGGCCAGCAGAGUGCAGGAUUUACACCCAACAGAGGAGCAGAAGACUUAGCCACGAAGACGUUUUCAUUAGUGACCAAAUGGACUGUGCCAACUACAUUUUCAUGAGUGUUUUCUACAACAAGCAUGUGUGUUUUUACCCCCCUGUCCUUUUUUCUUUUUUUUUCUAGAAAUUCAUUAUGACACAAAUGCUGCCUUUACCAGUAACGGCCCAAGGUACUUAGUUGCACUUUUCGUGAGAGUUCCCUCCAUGGUGCCUGUGAAGGCCUUCCUCAUUGGCCGGAGGCAUCACCAGAGGCCAAACUGUUGAGAAACUCAGGAUGAACUGGAGCCAACUUUUCUGAACACGUCAGUCAGUGUUUAAAGCAUGUUUCACCCUCAUUCCAAAGCAGCAGAUAAAAGAGCAGCAGAGCACAACAGUAAAGGCAAAAGCACACAGGCCUGCCUCCUGACUGAAACUAAACUAGUGCCAUGAUUGUCAGGAGUGCAGCUCCCUCCAUCAGCAGUAUGACGAGUUUAUCUGCUGUAAUUACAUGCAUAUUACAGGAGUAUAGUUCUUGUUGGUGGUUCUUAAAGUAAAUAUACUAAUAUUUGACUAUUUUCAGCCAGAAAGAAAUUCAAAUCAAGGGAUUUCGUAAUCACUACCACAGUUGUUUACUGUAUACAGCUGCAUGAUGAAGACUUUACAACACAUUUACAGAAUAUAUCAUUUUAAAGUACUUUAAAUAUUUUUUCAAAUGAUUUGAGGUGUUUUCAUGUUGACGUAGUAAUGCACUUAUGUCAGUAUUUCCAACCGUAGCUUAGACCAUGUUUCAGUCAGCUGUGUCUGAAUUUUUUAAAGGCCACCAGGCUGUGAAACACAGUGACCAAAGGACACGUUUUAAAUAUGUGUUCUGUUAGUCAAGUGUUAUUUAUCUGUGACUGAUAGCAGAAUUCGACAUGCCAGGCUGAGACAGAAAGGCAGAAGAAAGUCCAAAAAUCCUAUGAAAUCUUUCAAACUCAGUCUCAAACAUGUAGUUUCAUCUCAGUCAUUUCCUCAAACAUUUGGGUAUUUUAGUUUGAGACGAAUGCUACACAAACAAGGCUAAAUUAGACUUUUGUGGUUUAGCUCAGUUUGGCCCAGUUUUUAUUUCACUGUUGCCCUUGUGGCGUUGCAGAAGGUUAAUGGUUCAACUGUUUACUCGCAAGAUUUUUAAGAACUGAAGAUUUCCCCCAUCUAUUCAUACUUCUGGAUAUUAGUUUCAACUUCAGAAUCAGAAUCAGCUUUAAUGUUCAGCAAGAAAUUUGUUUUUUGGCUGUUAGUGUCACCCCGGGAAUAAUAUGUAAUAUAAUAGUAAAAUAACUACUGAAACCUAGAAAAGAAUAUGUGAACACAAUAGUGCAAAAUGACAGUUACUGGUGUGAGAGUAUGGUGCAAAAAGCAGAGAAUAUUGUUUUUAGUGCAAAAUAAUAUACGUUUGUGCUCAUUGCCUUCACUUAUUGUCGACUGUUUCAACCAGUUUUUAUUGAAGCUAUAAACAACUUCAAACUGUUGUAAUCGAUUUCACCAUUUAUACAUCACUUUCCAGAAACUCUUUAAAUGAAUUUAAUGUUAAGUAACCAUUCAACCAUUUCUGUGUUUUAGUUCUUCCAUCUGUGCGUUCCUCAGCUAACACUUUGCCCAUAACUUUUAGGUAACCGUUUAUUAUUACACCAUGCUAACUAUCUCAGCUGGUUAUCCAUAACUUUUACCCAUUUCAGCCGUUCAUCCGUCACUAAUUAAUCUUUCUAACUGUGUCCAUGGCUUUUAGCUUACAUGUACUGACUGCUCGUAGAAAGCUACUUAGAGCAUUUAAAUGAUAGUUAGUGCAUUAUUUAUGGUAAACUAUCUAAAUGGGUAAACUACAGUUUCACUUUCUUGGCAAAUUUUCAUGCUGAAAACAGAAACCCUCCCUGUUCAGGUCCGCUCAUUUUAAACACAUAUCCUAAAUCUAAAUGUAAUUCAUAUUUUUCUGAUUAGUUGAACUCUCUUUUUUUACUUCUAACCCCCAAACGCACGUUCCUACCUGCGAGUAUAGGACCCUUUCCCCACAAUUUCUGCGAUAUCUUACCAUUAAUCACAUUGAGGUGGACUGUAUGCUGCUACCACUACAAUUAGCUCCAUUAUUCCAGUAAAUAUUGGAUCACCAUCUGAACUGUAUUAUGAGGUUUUAGCCCAAUGUUGCGAAUGAAUCCAGUUAAAUGAAUGUAAAAAUGACUAUUGAAUAGCCAUUGUCAAACUAUGCUUCAUGUAUGAGCCCAGAUACAAACUAAAACCUGCAGCAGUGUUUCCCUUUAAUCAGGGCACAUUUUUGGGGGAAUUCCCAGGAAAAAACAGAAUCAAGGAUUUCUGUGGUACUGAGGAAUAAAAUACCAGGCUCUGGAUACACACUCUGUACUUCAAGAGACAUUUAGUCUUUGUUUCCGUCUUUUCAUGGAGUGAGCAGUCAGUAAGGUAGAUCUAGAAUCGCUCCGACUCUGCUCUUUAGAUGAGUUCCUCUUGUCGUUUGGAACUGGAGUGAAACAUGCUCACUGGCCUGAAGGCACCAUGAAGACUGUUACACUUCUUACUGCAUUCAGCAGCACUGUUCAGAAAAGUGGCUGCAGUUGUCCUCGUGGACCCUGAAGUCCAGCCUCUGAACGUUCAACAUGCUUGGGCUGGGUUGGUUCCAGGUCCUCAAGAAAAGCUAGCAGAGAAGAAGCUGCUUUUAAUGCCAAACGUUCUCCAGCGUUCAGUAUUCCAGCUGGUUUGGGCUUCAGGGUAACAGCACAUUCCUGUUUGUAUCUGAAGGGAGUCGGGGACAUUUUUGAUACUGUUUCCACUCCUUCCUUGUCCGUGUGACUCUUUACGUCUCACCCUCCUCGUCUCCGUGAAGUGUCCAACAUGGCUGCAUAUGAUUGGUCAUCCAGCACGGACCUGCACCUGUGAUUCACGUGCCAAGAGUCUUCCCCAAUCCUGAAGUGUACUGUAGUCAUCCGGCUCUCUGAUUCACUAGUUUGAUCCCAGGAUCGGGCAGUGGCAUGGAUGUGCCUCGCUACGGCCUCCCCUCCCUCCCCUCCCUCCCCCACGGUGAUGGAGGGUGGUUGGUGGGAGGAACCGCGGCCCGUGGCAGAGCUUUUUCUUCCAAUCAGGACAAUGUGUACCAAAGCCUUGAAACAGCCCCCUCUGUGGCAUGACGACAAUGUGCAAUUUCAUACUGCAUCUUGAAGACUGACUGUUUACUAUGUGUGUAAAAUAUUUUUGAAAAUGGUGUUCUUGAAUUCUUUAACUACUGUGCAAUUUCUGUCGUUUGAGAAUCCCAUCAAAGUCUAUAUUGAUGUACAUAUGAACCAAAAGCCCAAUAUUUCUAUGAAGACAGUCCAGACAUAUAUAUAUAUAAAUAUAUAUAACUUAUUUUGAGAUCUAUUUUUAUGUUGGUUUUAGCAGCACUAGUCGGAGGUGUAUACUGUGCAGAAAUGCAGAAUGUGUGCAGACUAUGUUACACGUUGACUGUUAAGUGUUCUUUCUCAAUGUUGUGCACUGACUUCAAGAUUUCAAAUUUCUAUUUAUUUAGAGAGCCAGUGAUUGCAUUGCUGAAUAUGUAUUGGUAAGGAUGUAUCAUUUGCCUUGAAUGUAAUGUAUUAUUAAAUAAGAGGUUGUUCAUGA